CUCUUCGUGCACUACUACCGCCACGACGGCUUCGCGCACCAGUUCGGGAUGCACGUCUGGGACGACGUCUACGAUCCGACGCCGUGGGACGCGCCCCUCGCGCCGGGCGUCGCGGGCGCGUUCUGCGACGCGACCGAUCGCGUGCACACGGAAGGGUGGGUCACGUACGAGGUGAAGCUCCCGCCCGAGGGCGCCAAGACGGUCAGCUUCGUCAUCCACCGCGGCGAGGAGCAGUGCGUGCGAAUCGAGGGCUUGGACGUCGAGGCGAUGGCGACGCGGCCGUCGUCGUCCAUCUUCUUUUUCACCGAGGAGCCGGACGUCGCCAAGAUGGCGAGGGCGUGGGGGUGCGACCUCACCAAGGCGCGCGCGGUGUGGCUGACGCGCGAUAUCGUCGCCGUGCCGUUCCACGUCGACCCGGAGGACCUCAGCGGCGUCUUCGAGCUCGUCGCGAGCGACCGCGCCGGGCUCGUCGUCGACGACGAUCACCGCUCUCUGCGCUCCGUCCGCGGCGACGCGCUCGUGACGCGGAUACGUCUGAUCCCGCCCAGCGACGACGCCGGCGGGUGGACCGCCCCGGACGCGAUCGCCGCGGGGGAGAAGUUUCCGCACGUAAAGCACGCGGGGUACUGCUGCUUGCGUCUGCCGACGACGCCGACGAGCACGCCGGACGUCGCGCGUUUGCUCAAGUCGCAAAUCGCGGUCGCGAAGAUCGAAGACUACGGCGACGGCUACGUCAACGCCGCGACGUCGGUGCAAACGCACGGGGCUAUCGACGACGUGUGUGGCGGCUACGAAGGCGCGCUCGGGUGCGAGCUCACGAAGGACAUGCAGUCCGUGAUGAUUCGUCUGUGGGCGCCGACGGCGCAGAGCGUGAGGCUGCGGCUGUUCGACGACGCGCGCGGAGACGGCCCGCGGGAGACGAUCGAGAUGCGAGAAAAUUUCGAGGGUCCCGGGGUGUGGAGCGUGAAAGGCCCGCGGGAGUGGUACGGGAAGUACUACCAGUACGAGAUCGUGACGUACCACCAGUGGGGCGGCGGCGCUCCGGAGGGCGGCAUGGGGAACGUCACGACGUCGAUCGCGACGGAUCCGUACGCGCGGUCGCUCUCGUCCGACGGCGAACGCGUGCACAUCGUGGACGUCCGGAACGACCCGGCGCUGAAACCGCCGGGGUGGGACCGUUUAAUCAAACCGUACCCGACCGGCCCGGAUCCGGCGCCGACGGGGCGGUACGAACCCACGGACAUGGCCAUCUACGAGCUUCACGUGCGAGAUUUCAGCGCGCUCGACGAGACGGUGCCGGAGCGCUUGCGAGGGAAAUACGGCGCCUUCGGCGUCCAAAACGCGACGUGCACGAACCACCUCGCGUCGCUCGCGGACGCGGGGCUCACGCACGUCCACCUCCUCCCCACGUACGACUUCGGUUCGGUGCCGGAAAAGCCGGAGUGGCAGGAGUGGGUCGAUCCCGAGUACCUCGCACGGUUCGAGAGCAACUCGGAGGAACAGCAAAAGGCGGUGGCGGCGGUGGCGAACAACGACGCGUUCAACUGGGGGUACGACCCGGUGCACUACGGCGUCCCCGAGGGAUCGUACAGCACGGACCCGGACGGGAGCGCGCGGAUAAUCGAGUACAGGCAGAUGGUGAGCGACCUCGCGCGGAUGAACCUGAGAGUCGUGUGCGACGUCGUGUACAAUCACACGCUCUCCGCGGGACCGGAGGAUCGACAGAGCGUGUUGGAUAAGUGCGUGCCGGGGUAUUACCACCGGCGAAACUUCGACGGGAACUACGAGCAGAGCACGUGCUGUAACAACACCGCGAGCGAGAACCGGAUGAUGGAGAAGCUCAUCGUGGACGACCUCGUGCACUGGGCGAAGGACUACAAAGUCGACGGGUUUCGAUUCGAUCUGAUGGGCCACCUGAUGCUUCGAACGGUGCGACGCGCGAGGGACGCGCUCGAUCGACUCACGCUCGAACGCGACGGCGUCGACGGGAAGUCCAUAUACAUGUACGGCGAAGGGUGGGACUACGCGGAGGUUGAACGGAACCGCGUCGGGGUGAACGCGUCGCAGAAGAACCUCGCGGGGACGGGGAUCGGGAGCUUCAACGACCGCCUGCGCGAGGGCGUCAUGGGCGGCUCGCCGUUCGGCGAUCCUCGCGUCCAAGGCGUCCUCACCGGUCUCUUCUUCGACCCGAACGGGUUCAUCGAUCAAGGCCCGCCGGAACGGCAGUACGAGGAGCUCACGAAAGACAGCGAGAAGGUCAUCGUCGCGAUGGCGGGCAACCUCGCCGGGUUCAAGUUCAUGAACCGAGAGGGGUUUGAAACCGAGGGCAAGCACGCGUGUUGGUUCGACUCUUUCGUCGCGUACGCGGGGGAACCUUCCGAGACGGUGAACUACGUCUCCGCGCACGAUAACGAGACGCUGUUCGACGGGAUCACGCUCAGGUCGAACCCGGACGUGCCGAUCGGCGUCCGGUGUCGGUUGAACCGCGUCGCGAUGUCGAUCGUCGCGUUCUCGCAGGGGGUCCCGUUCUUCCACGCCGGCGACGAAAUCCUGCGGAGUAAAUCCCUCGAUCGCGACUCGUACAACAGCGGCGACUGGUUCAACCGUCUGGACUACAGCGGCGACACGCACAACUUCGGGAUCGGACUCCCCGGUCGCGAGAAGAACGGCGACCGGUACCCGUACAUCUCGCACCUCCUCGGCGACCUCUCCUCGCGACCGAGCAAAGAGGAGAUUCUCCGCGCGUCGGAUCAUUUCCGCGAGUGCCUCGCGAUGCGCCGGUCGUCGCCGUUGUUCCGCCUCCGCGCGUUGGACGAAAUCAACCGCCGGUGCACGCACUACAACGUCGGGCCGCUUCAGCAGCCGGGCGUGUUCAUACUUCACAUAAGCGACGACCCCGCGGACGGCGUCCGGGAGAUUUGUCCGCACUUUAAGAGGGUGCUGGUGUGCGUCAACGUGUCGCCGCAUACCAAGCCAAUCGUCGACGAAAAUUUAAAAGUCGCUCUGGCGGGGUCGGAGAUGAUGCUGCACCCGCUGCAAGGGAAGGUGUCGCCGGACGCGUACUUGGAUCCGGGGCCGGGGGGGUGCGCGUGCGAGGGGGGGGUGCCGACGGUACCGCCGCACACGGUCGCGGUGUUCGUCGAGAUGCGGUGAUGGCGCCGCGCGCGAGAGAGUCGCCGUGUACGUGUUGUCUCUAAAUCAUCAUUCUUUCACUAAGGUUAUUUCUUCU